AUGACCAACCCCCCCCGCUAUCCAGAGGAGUGUCUGGAGAAAAGUCACCAGAGAGCAGAGGACCUUCGAAAGGAGCUUGAACACUCUCGGGACAGGGAGAACAACGUCACCCCUUCGUUCCUUUCACGUUUGAGUCAGUGCUAUCUCAACCCACCAGAGAACCAGAGACACUAUCGACCGCACAUCCUUCUCGUCUCCCAAGUUACGAAGCCCGAUUCCUUCCACUACUUUGUCCGUCUCCCACGGGAACUGCGUGAUCUUAUUUACUUCUAUGCCCUCCGUCCACCGUCAAACAGAGAACUGAUCGUGAAGACAACUAUUGAGAGCAUAUCUUAUAAACGGAUCUGGGGGAAUGAGAUCCCGCUUGUUCCCCUGGGGUACGGAAAUCCAGAUUCAUGGUCUGGCAGGAAGGAAAUGACCUCGUUGAUGAGGGUCAACCGGCAACUCUAUAGAGAAGCUUCGGAAGUCCUGUUUUCCGAUUUUCGGUUUUCCAUCCACGCCCGAGUCCUCAGGAUACCUGGUUGUAACUUCGUGCAUAGGUUGCAGGAAACCGUGGCGUCCAAGAUUCACAAACUCGGGCUGAAAUUGGAGGUCUUCUGGAAUUCCAAAGGGGUUCCUGUCUUGGAUCUCUACUCUUACGACAGCCUAAGCAUAUUUUCUGCAGUACAAAGUGUCGACUUCCAUUUUACAUUUAAUGGCAACGAAGCCAAAUUUCCGAAGGGCUAUGGCCCCCUAUGGCCGAUCGAGCGUAUGAAGCUAAUGUUUGAGAAGUUUCACCAUGUUCAAAUAUCGUUCAGUUGGUCAUCUGACCUGUCGGUCAAGCCUCACUACCGAAGAAAUACGUCGGAAUUACACCUCAGCUGUCUCCAGAUCUGCGCCUACAACAAUCGCGUUGCGCUUCCAUACUUGGCUCAGCGUCUACCGUUUGUUUUAACAAACAUGUUCUGCCACUAUAGGUCAGCGUGCUUAAGAAAGGAUUUCCUACCCCUUGAGCAUGAUAGCGAGAUGUAUGAAAAGUCACCCAUGGCUUUCAUUCUCAAACACGAGCAGGUUACGGAUAAGACCACACGGCCACAACCGCGCACACCGCGGUUUAUUUUGGUGUUGCAGUGA